AUGGCCUCCAACCUUGCGUGGGAUCUGUUAGGUGGCCCUGAAGAUUGGGACCAACGAUUGGAGCCCAGGCGCUGGCUGGAAGGCCUUACCGUCCUCCUCUUCACUGCCAUCCUCCUCCUUCCCAGAUCUCGAGACUGGACUCUUGGCGCCGGCCAAAGAAGGCGGAGUCUCUCCCUUCGCCUGUCGCCAGGCCAUGAGACCUUCCGAGAGAAGGCCACUUUGCGCUUUAGCAAAGAUGUUCUGCCAGCACCAGCGCUUGAAGGAAAGCUCCAAAUGUUGCAAUUGCCGAAUCGUUUCAUAGGCGGUGCCUACUUUCUCUUGAUGCUGACCGUUCCUCCAGCAGAUGCCUUCUUGGCAGUCGACAAGCCACCAGAUGCCUUUCCAAGGACGAACUUGACACUUCUAUUGGACUCUGGUCUCACAGCAGCAGUGAUGCUCACCUCAGAGGUUUGCAAAAGCCUGAAAUUGGUGAUCGGAAGUGAAGGUGACUUCUCCUCUGGACUUGGGGCCAUUGGUUCCAUGGAGAUGCAGCAGGUUCGUGUGGAAGGCGCUGCCCUUUCGGGCCAGGACUCCGCCUUGGCCAACUGCCCCUUGUCUCCACUGGCUGGUGUGGUCGUGGAUGACUUCCCACAGUUGAAGAUUGCAGAUGAAGUGGGUGUAGACCUGCAAGGAAUGCUUGGGCAAGGUUUUAUGGACCAGUACGACCUGGAGCUGGAUGCCAAAGGACAACAGCUUCGGGCAUGGCCGAGGGCCUCACUACCCUCGGAGCAGCCAGGUGAUUGGAGGCAAUUGGAAGCUUUGGGCAUGCCCGGGCGCUUGCAGGGUUUGCUGCUGACAGUUCCGGGCUGUUUGGAACCGGUCAUUGGCCUCGUCGACACUGGAGCCUCGCACACGGUUCUGAACCGCCAAGCAGCCUACGUUCUGGGCUUGAGGGUGCAAGCAGGUACGGCACGGCGGGUACGUGGUAUCGGCUUGGAUGGUUCAGUGCUUGAGAUGCCACUGCUUUCUCUUGAGAACAUCACCUUGUCAAGUGCUCGGCACGUGACGAUCACUCCACAUGAGCCAGGUGAAGGAGCCAACUCUGUGAAGGGCCGUCGCUCUUGGCGUUUCCGUGCUCGAAUUGAAGGGCCCAUCGCCACGUUCCCCGCCGCGGUCGACGUCGGCGUCGGCGACAUCGGCCUGUUCCAGGCGCUGCUUUCGCAGCCCCAAGAUACCAUCGGAGAUUUUGAUGGGCCUGUGGCCCUUUUGGGCCAGGAUAUAAUGACUCAGAUGCCUUUGCGCUACAGCGCAGCCCGAGGCACUCUUUGGUUUCGUCAUUAA